AUGAUAUCUAGUGUAACCACUGCAGCAUUCGCUGUUGCCAAGGCUGCAGAUACAUCUACAAUUCCUAAAAGUCUUUUUGAAGAAAGCGUUUUUGGAACAUCAGAUGUUGGUGGUGUUGAUGUUGAUACUGGUGACAAAGAAAAAAUUCCAAAAAAUUUACAUGAGCAAGCCUACCAAUUCUUCGAAAAUCUAACUGCUGCUGCUGAGACUAUAAGUGUCGAUACAAAAGGUGCCAGUUCUUAUGUGGAUCAGGAUAGUAAGCAGAGGAUAGCACAUAUGAUUGAUUCGUUAGUCGCACAGACAAGCAUAGUUCUACGUGAUGUCAGUAUUCGUGUUGAAUGUGAACUGAGACUGCCUGGACUUGAUCGUGCCUCUGGGUUAACACUGACCGUUAAACAUUUAUCCAUAUCGAAUCAGUAUAAAACAGAAGAGAAACACCCACCGUCAUCGUCAUCACAUACAACUAGCGGUGGUCGUUGGUCAUGGUUAUGGUGGUGGCAUGGUUCAAACAAUGGGAGUUCUACUGGCAAAGGAUCAGUGAUAUCUUCAUCACCAACUUCUACUUCAACACCUUUGGGAAGUCUAUCAACCAUGUUGCAUAAAAUCAUUCAUUUGGAAGAAGCAAAUUUAUUUUGGGAUUUGUGGAGUACAUCUGGUCAAGUACAAGGUUGUUCGAGUUUGUCCAGUUCACCACAUCGAAGUGAACCACCAUGUUCUCCACUUCCUAACAAAAAGACAUGUGGUCCAACAGCUGAUACAAUGGUUUCAUCAGCUAAACUCUAA